AUGCCGGAGGAGUUCGAUGCCCUACAGCGCAACCACAUGUGGCAGCUUGUCCCGCGACCCCCUCGUGCCAACAUCAUCUCUGGCAUGUGGGUGUUUGGCCACAAGACUCGCCCAGACGGUUCUCUCGAGUGCUACAAGGCUCGGUGGGUCGUUCGUGGUUUUUGGCAGCGCGUGGGCGUGGACUUCAGAAACACCUUCGCCCUGGCGCCUCGGGCUUGGUACCAGCAUAUCACAGCCUUCCUGCAGUCUCUGGGAUUUCGGUCCACUCGCUUCGAUGCCUCACUCUUCGUGAAUCAUCAGGGAGCUGACACUGCAUAUCUGCUGCUCUACGUCGACGACAUCAUCCUCACGGCGUCCACCCCCGAUCUCCUUCAGCGGCUAACUGCUCGUCUUCGUGAUGAGUUCGCCCUCAAGGACUUGGGACCCCUGCACUACUUCCUCGGCAUCGAGGUGGUCCGCCGGACUGAUGGCUUCUUUCUACAUCAGCAGAAGUACGCCCACGAGCUCCUGGAGCGUGCCGGUAUGCUUAACUGCAAACCGGCGCCCACCCCCGUCGACACAAAGGCGAAGGUCUCUGCUCUGGAGGGGUCUCUCGCGUCCGAUGGAGCGUUUUAUCGCUCCAUUGUUGGUGCUUUACAGUACCUGACGCUGACUCGACCCGACCUGCAGUACGCUGUUCAGCAGGUGUGCCUCCACAUGCACGCUCCGUGUGACUCCCACUGGACCUUGGUGAAGCGUAUUCUCCGGUAUAUAAGCGGCACCAUGUCUUUGGGGCUCACCCUGACGGCCUUCGUCUCCACCGACCUCGUGGCCUACUCGGAUGCCGACUGGGCUGGCUGCCCCGACACUCGACGCUCCACGUCAGGCUACUGCGUCUACCUUGGGCCCUCGUUGAUCUCUUGGUCAUCGAAGCGGCAGCCCACGGUCUCCCGCUCUAGCGUCGAGGCAGAGUAUCGCGUUGUGGCUAAUAUCAUUGCCGAGUGCUCUUGGCUCUGUCAGCUGCUCCGGGAGUUGCUUUGUGAUGUUCAUAAGGCCACUCUUGUCUACUGCGAUAACGUCAGCGCGGUCUACCUUUCCGCCAACCCGGUGCACCAUCGACGUACGAAGCAUAUUGAGAUCGAUAUUCACUUUGUGCGCGAGCAGGUUGCCCUUGGCCGUGUUCGGGUUCUUCAUGUGCCAACGUCGCAACAGUUUGCUGAUGUGAUGACUAAGGGAUUGCCCACCUCCGUCUUUGAGGAGUUUCGGUCCAGUCUCUGUGUCUCUGGCGACGCUUCGACUGCGGGGGAGGUGUUGAGUUGUACUUUGUGUUGUAUGUAUUACGUGUUGUGGCCCACCUCCUAG